GAAGUAUCGAAUUCAUGACCCAUUCUUGUUACAGCCCUUGCCGCAAGGCCGUGGCCUCGACUCCUCUCCUUCCUUCCUUCAAUGAUCUUCUUUUGGAGAUCUCGAGAAACCUCCCGCUGGCCGGUCUGUAUCGAAUUUUCUUUCUUGCUUCGAAAAGCAAGGAAUUUCCAGCCGUCGCGUUUGAAGUUUAUCAAUUACAAUAUUAAUGCUUAAUGAGCGAGGGGAACAUCUUGGCCUCCUAUGGUCAUGAGCAAUAACGUUCAACAUGUCUUUGAUCGAUGACGAGCCGUCGAGUGUCAUUCAGUCCAAGGGACCAGCUAUUCUGCUUCCAGCCGAAGCAAUUGGAAAUGUGGUCACCAAAACCAAUAUCCUCAUCUCAAGCCACCGAGAUUUCCUCACCAACCUUCCACAAGGUGAUGUCGACAUAACGACUCCAGCACAAAGUCUCAUCACGCCACCUCCGUCCCUCAAUCCACGAUACGCCUCUCCAUUACCCCAAAUCAUUGGUGUUCUUCCAGAAUGCAGUAGCGCCGUCUCCUCAGCUUCCAGUGUCGGUGCUGCAUCGGUGGCAAGCCUCUCGAGUUCUCUGAUCAGUGUCUCGUCGACCUUUUCGCAGAGUAUCGCAUCAUUAAACGCCGUCGUACAAUCCGCUAACUCAGCAUCAUCUUCAGCAAACAGUGCUCUAUUAAGUGUCCGAAUCUCGGCAUCUUCUGCAAUCAGUUCAGCCAACUCAACAGCAGCUUCAGCCAUAGCGGGAAGCACACGUGCAACUUCAGCACUUUCAUCAAUAUCCUCGUCAGCGUCAUCAGCAAUUGCCGCAGCUCAAUCGAGCGCGAGUCAGAGCGUUCUGUCUGCGAACAACGCCCUAUCUUCGAUUCAGAGCAGCGCCAAUGCUCAAGCUAUCAGUCUCAAUUCAGCGGUGGCGAGUGCAAAUGCGUUGGCCAGUGAUGCAAAAGCCACUGCUACUUUCGCUAUCGCUCAAGCACAGGCGUCUAUUUCUUCAUUGAGCCAACAAGCAUCCGCAACGGUAGCUGCUUCAAGACUUGCAGCAAUGAACACGACGAAAUUCGCUUUAGCAAUCACAUUCGCCAUCCUGGGCUCUUCGAUAAUUUCAAUACUAGCGUACUAUCUGAUCUCUAGAUAUAGACAAAGAAGGAGAGAAGCACGCCAACUAGCUUUAAAAGAGAAGAUCAUGAAAGUGAGGCAUAAUUCAGACGAAAGCGAAGGAGCAGGUCCAUCACUAUCCGAUUUUCCAAUGCCAGUAGGAAGAAACACUUGGAGUCGAGGCAAGAGCAUGGACGAAAGGCGAACAUGGACACGAGAUGGGCCCGACGCAAGAUCUACUGUUUCCACCGAAAUGCCUAUUCAAGGAGCCCGCAAGACCUGGGCUCCUAACGUACCCCGAACUCCUGGUCGAGCCUCGGCCGAGUUUCCCUUUGCGCAAGGAGGAGACAGAGCGAGGACAUGGGGUGGCAAAGACGAAAGCCGAACGGUGACAGCAAACGACAUGGAUGAAGAUGGAAAUACCGCCAUCAUGAGUCCCGCCCGACCAGGCAUGAUCAGGAAAAACACUCUAACGUACGAUCCCGAGCAUCCGGAACGACCACCAAAGUUCACGACUUGGCUAGAAGAUAGUUUCAGGGCCGUGAGCCCGUUUCCGAGGAUUGGAGAGGUGAAUGCUGCUCAGCCGGAGGUGAAACGGACAACAAUGAGGAGGAGCGAAGCGCCUGGAGGUGGGGUUGGAAUGGCGAUUUGAAGAUGAUAGAAC